AUGGUAAGUGUGGGAGUCAUCACAGAGUCUUGUCACGCCAGGUGGGAAGUUGAGACAGAUGAAGUGGUCCUGCGGCGGCGGCAGAAGCAGAUAGAUUAUGGCAAGUGCACACCUGGUUACCAGUGCUUUCUGCAGCAGGUCCCCAAGGCACAGCGACAGCCAGGCUUUCACCCUCAAACACCAAACAAAAACAGGAGGUACAGCCGCCGAUCCUGGGAUGCCCAGAUCAGGCAGUGGAGAAGAGCCCUGCAUACCUGGGACCCCCCAAGCCAGCCUCUGCAUGACAGGGAGGCUGAGGGGAAGGCAACAAAGAACCCCCCAAGGCCAGUGGAGCCUACUCCAUUGGAUGAUCGCCUGGAUAACUUGCCCCAGGCCCCGGAAUCCUCAGAGAAUUGGGACAGAGGCCAGAAAGAGGCCCAGUUUGCAUACUUGAAGGGUUCUGCUGCCUCCCCUUCCCAGCCAGCUCAGUGAGGAAGAUCUUCAUCACUAAGUCUUCAGCUGUUUUCCUAUCCCAGAAGAGUACGGUGUAAAUAUUUAGAGGAAACAUGUUUUUUUUAGGGAUAUGCAACUUCAACUGAAAUAGUGAAAUGACUGGAAUUUCUACUUUCUAACCAAUUAAAAAAAGAAAUCUAAAAC